CACAUAUCAUGAAUACUCCUCCUAUGAUGUGUACGUCGUUGGGAGUAAGGAAAGGUUCAUGGACUGAAGAAGAAGAUUUUCUCUUGAGAAAAUGCAUUCAAAAAUAUGGUGAAGGAAAGUGGCAUCUUCUACCUGCUAGAGCUGGUCUAAAUAGAUGUCGGAAGAGUUGUAGACUGAGGUGGCUAAAUUAUCUAAGGCCACAUAUCAAGAGAGGUGACUUUGAACCAGAUGAAGUGGAUCUCAUUUUCAGGCUUCAUAAGCUCUUAGGCAACAGGUGGUCGCUUAUCGCUGGUAGACUUCCGGGAAGGACAGCGAACGAUGUGAAAAACUACUGGAACACUCGCCUUCUAAGGAAGUUAAAUAAUAAGUGCAGAGAAAUUAGUAAGAAUGAAAUAAUAAGACCUCAAACUCGGAACUUCUCAAAUGCUAAGAAGAAUAUUUCUCAUUGGUGCAACAACAAAAGUAUGAUCACAAACAGUACAUUAGACAAAGACGACGAACGCAACAAAGAAAUAGUAAAUAUUUGUGACAAGCCAACUGCAGGGGAAACAACGUCUUCGUCUAUAGACAACGAUGGAGUUGAAUGGUGGACAAGUUUACUGGAAAAUUGUAAUGAAAUUGAGGAAGAAGCAGCAGCAGUACGGAGCUUUGAUGAAGAAAAUAAGUUGUUACCAAAUUUGUUGCAUGAGGAAAAUAAUUCACCACUCAUGCGACAAGGAGAAAGUGAUGGUUGGGAUGACUUUUCUACUGUAUUGACCUAAGGAAUCUACUUAAUUAUUAAUUAGUUUCAUCAAUCUCUAAUAAAGACUAUGUAUAUAUAAGUAAUGAUAUUGUGUACUUGUUUGUAAUAGGGAGACAUUCUAUUAUAAUUCCAUUUGUACUUUGCAUCCCAAAUACAAGUAGCCAAGGAGGGAUCUAGCUAUCGCUAUUUCCAUUCUAGAGUUUUAAUUAUAUUUAAUUUAAUUUG